ACUAUCAGAAAAUAAAAACGAUGUCGGAUCAGAGAGCAAAGAGAGCGAAACCCUGCUUUGGUCUGACCUGAACGAUCAUGAAGAUUUUUCCAUUCUAUAAGCACAGAGAAAGAAAGAGAGAAGAAUCAAAGGAAAUGAUAUAAAAAAAAAAAAUGAAGAUAGUAACGUACAACGUUAAUGGUCUGAGAUCACGCAUUUCACAGUUCGGUUCUCUCCACAAAUUGCUCACUUCCUUCGAUGCCGACAUCAUUUGCCUUCAGGAGACAAAGUUGAGAAGACAGGAACUAACGGCGGAUUUAGCAAUGGCAGAUGGAUACGAAUCCUAUUAUUCGUGCACUCGUACGGUUGAUAAAGGUCGAACGGGCUAUGCCGGUGUUGCUACGUUUUGUCGUGUAAAGUCUGCGUUUUCAAGUCACGAAGUGGCCCUUCCGAUUGCGGCGGAGGAAGGCUUCACUGGGCUUCUUGAAAAUUCUCUAAAUGGAAAAGGUGAAGCACAUGAAGGUCUAGGGGACUUUACUAAAGAUGAUCUUCUUAAGGUUGACAAUGAGGGGCGUUGUGUUGUUACAGAUCAUGGUCAUUUUGUUCUUUUUAAUCUGUAUGGUCCUCGAGCUGAAUGUGAUGAUGCACAAAGGAUCCAGUUUAAGCUCACGUUUUACAAGAUAUUGCAGAAAAGAUGGGAGUCUCUCCUACUUCAGGGGAGGAGGAUAAUUGUUGUUGGUGAUCUCAACAUUGCACCCACUGCACUGGAUCGUUGUGAUGCUGGACCAGAUUUUGAGAAGAAUGAAUUCAGAAGGUGGUUUAGAUCUAUACUAGUGGAAUGCAGAGGCCCUUUCAAUGAUGUUUUCAGAACAAAACAUCCUGACAGAAAAGAAGCAUUCACAUGCUGGCCACAAAAUACAGGUGCUGAAGAAUUUAAUUAUGGGAGCAGAAUUGACCAUAUUUUGUGUGCUGGAUCAUGCUUGCAUCAAGAGCAUGACCUGCAAGGCCAUAGCUUUAUGAAUUGCCAUGUUAUGGAGUGCGACAUACUGACACAGUAUAGACGGUGGAAACCUGGAAAUACGCUUAGGUGGAAAGGUGGGAGAAGCAUCAAACUUGAAGGUUCUGAUCAUGCUCCUGUUUUAACAAGAUUACUGGGAAUUCCUGACAUUGCCCAUCAUAGCACUCCGACUUUGUCUGCUAGAUAUAUUCCCAUGAUUCGUGGUCUCCAGCAAACUCUUGUGUCAGUCUUAAUGAAAAGACAAGUUGCUGAACAAAGUAAAUCCUUCGAGAUGUCAGGUUCAAUUUCAGAUGAAAAUAUCAGAAUUGAGAUGGGCAAUGAGAGAGUGAAAAGAUCAUUUGAAAACUGCAGCACUUCUGGUGUAUCCCAUGUUGAAUCUUGUCCUUCAAAUCUAGAAUCUGAAGGUAUUGCUUCUGAUACAGAUAUUCAGUCCAAAGGGUUUGCUAAUGACGCCGUUUGUAAAACCUUGCUUAUGUUAGGAAGUGAGCAUAGUCAAUCGGCGCCCAGCAAUGGAACCAAGAAAAAGGCUAGAAAAAAUCAAUGGUCCCAACUCUCACUGAGGUCAUUUUUUCAGAAAAGUUCAAACCUUAGAGAUAGUGCUGACAACUCUAAUAAUGAUAUUUCAAUCAGUCAGGAAGAUAUCCCCCAGUCUGAUUAUCACUCCAGUGAUACUCCUGUUGUUGAUGUUCAAAGCAGCAGUUCCCAGCAGGAUGAGUUGAACUCAAGUGCAUCAACUCAGGAUCGAUGUGAACUAAAUUCCUGCUCUCUGGAGAAAGAGAAAACUAAUGUUGCUUUACUGGAGUGGCGAAGGAUACAGCAAGUGAUGCAGAAUAGUAUACCUCUUUGCAAGGGCCAUAGUGAACCAUGUGUUGCUCGGGUAGUGAAGAAACAAGGUCCUAACUUUGGUCGGAGAUUUUAUGUCUGUGCUCGUGCUGAGGGACCUGCAUCCAAUUCAGAAGCAAAUUGUGGUUACUUUAAAUGGGCAGAUUCAAAAUCUCGCCACAAAUGACACGGCACCAUGGAUGUGCAUCUAUCCCCAUCUCCCUGAUGGUGUUGUCUGAUGUGCUGAUGAUGCAGAUUGUGAAAUUAUGUAAUUCAAAUCUUUCUGCAUUGAAUUCUUUUUCUGCGUCGUUUAUUUGUAAUAGUGCCAUGCAGUUUCACUCUGCAUCUUUUGGGGUUAAGGAGCAUUUGCUCCCAUGUUGUAAAAAGUAAAUCAUGUGCAUAAAUUAAUGGUUACUUAAUCCCUUCAGGUAAAGAAUGAAUUUUCACGUUCGUGUGAUGUAAUUUAAAAUCUCGUUCUACCUAGAAA